GAGCCAGAAACAUCGAUUGACAGUCUGCAGGGCGACGGAAGUUGCCUGCAUCCUCAUCAGUAAACUUAUGGGCCUGUUUCCUGCUGAGCCUCACUAGAGAGGAGGGUUUGGGAUUACUGGCCUCCAUGUUAUCACAGAUCUGCCACCGCUGCCAUGUCCUCCACCUCUGUGUCAACAUCCACGUGUUGUGGUGGUGAUGCUGCAGCUGCCAUGGCAACCCAGGCGUCCGAGCAGGCUCUGCUGGCCUCAGACCGCUAUGCCAGACUCAUCCUGGCCCAGAUGAACAAGAUGCGGCUCCGCACAGACUUCUGUGACGUGGGGCUGAAGGUUGGCGGCAGGGUCUUCAGGGUCCACCGACUGGUGCUCGCUGCCAGCAGCCCGUACUUCUCGGCUCUGUUCUCUGGAGGGAUGAGGGAGGCGGAUAAAGAGGAGGUGCAGAUCCUUGGUGUGGAGACUGAAGUCUUUGAGGUCCUGCUCGACUUCAUAUACACAGGCGUGAUCAGUGUUACAGUGGAGAACGUUCAGGAGCUGAUGGUGGCAGCAGACAUGCUGCAGCUGAACGAGGUGGUGUCUAUCUGUGGAGAGUUUCUCAAGGGCCACAUGGACCCGUCCAACUGCGUGGGCAUCUUUCAGUUCCUGGAGCAGAUUGCCUGCAUGGACAUGCUGGAGUUCACUGAGAACUACAUUCAUGUUCACUUUCUGGAGGUGUGUGUCACUGAUGAGUUCAGGGGUCUGUCGAAGGAUCAGCUGGUGAGGCUGCUAAGAAGUGAAGAGCUGAGAAUUGAGGAUGAGUACCAGGUAUUCACUGCAGCCAUGGACUGGGUUCUCCAAGAUGUGGCAAAGAGGAAAAAGCAUGUAGUGGAGGUGUUGGAACCAGUCCGCUUCCCUCUGCUGUCCCCACAGAGACUGUUCAAGUACAUAGAAGGUAUUACAGACUUCAGCCUGCGGGUGGCACUACAAACUCUGCUGAAGGAAUACACUGAAGUCACAAAGUCUCCCAAAGAAAAUAAGAUGUACAGUCAGCUGCAACCAGCCAAGAUGAGACCCAGAAGAAAAGCCAGGAAAUACCUCUACGCCAUAGGAGGCUACACUCGGCUGCAGGGCGGCCGCUGGAGUGACAGCCGGGCAUUGAGCUGUGUGGAGCGCUUCGACACCUUCAACCAGUACUGGACCACUGUAUCGUCCCUGCACCAGGCCCGCAGCGGGUUGGGCGUCGCAGUACUGGAGGGCAUGAUCUAUGUGGUGGGAGGGGAGAAAGACUCAAUGAUUUUUGACUGCACAGAGCGAUACGACCCAGUGACCAAGCAGUGGGCCGCUGUUGCGUCUCUGAACUUUCCUCGCUGUGGAGUCGGCGUCUGCCCCUGCCAUGGAGCUCUGUAUGCACUUGGUGGUUGGAUUGGCUCUGAGAUUGGGAAGACCAUGGAACGAUACGACCCAGAGGAGAACAAGUGGGAGGUCAUCGGCAGCAUGGCAGUUCCUCGUUACUACUUUGGCUGCUGUGAGCUACAAGGGUUUAUUUACGUGAUCGGAGGAAUCAGUGACGAAGGAAUGGAGCUGCGCUCAGCUGAGGUGUAUGACCCCAUCUCUCGCCGAUGGAGUGCCCUGCCCGUCAUGGUCACACGACGAGCCUAUGUCGGCGUCGCCUGCCUCAAUAACUGUAUUUACGCGGUGGGUGGCUGGAAUGAGGCACUGGGUGCACUAGAGACAGUGGAGAAGUACUGUCCCGAGGAGGAGAAAUGGGUUGAGGUGGCCCCGAUGUCUACAGCUCGGGCAGGCGUGUCAGUGUCAGCCGUUAAUGGGCUGCUGUACGCCGUCGGAGGGAGGGCCGCCAGCAGAGACUUCUCUGCCCCAGUAACGGUGGACUCUGUGGAAAUCUAUGACCCUCACCUGGAUACCUGGACUGAAGUUGGCAACAUGAUCACCAGUCGCUGUGACGGAGGGCUAGCUGUGCUCUGAUAGCCAGAAAUUGUAAAAGUUCUGGAUCAGCGCCUGAAUCAUCCCAAAACUGCAUAAACUGAAGAAAAGCUGCACCUUAAGAAACACAAGAAGUGUGUUUCCGUCUCAAGUAGGCUUUCACGUUAUCGUAUAUGUUAUUUAUACAUGGAUCGGACAUGUUUUUCUUUUUCUAUUUGUCCACAACAUUUGACAUUUAUUGAACAGGAAUAUGACAGCAAAUCCAAAACUGGAAAACUACCAAAACUGUUUCCACUCACACUGUUACACGACUCUUCUUCAUCUCUGUUUUCAAUUUACUAAAUAAUUUUACAAGACUAUCAGAAUGGCAACACACUUGUUUUCUUCUUUUGUGUAUUUGAAGACAAAGUGAUCCUUGUGAUAAGGAUAUUGUUUCACAGUGGAGGAGUUCAGUUUUGGAUGGACCAGAGUUUUUCACUGUAAGAGUCCUGUGGGGACGGCGAACACUGUUCGUGGAUAAUAUGUGAAAGCACUGUUUUUUUAGUUGGUUUUCUCUUUGUUUUUCCUCAAAGAAAAGUUUGAGCUGAGUGUAUUGCUACAUGGAAGAUUUAUCAAACCACUUGAGCCUAUUUAAUAAUGGGACCAAAGUUCCAUGAUAAGUGAUUUCUGUAAUUAAUUAUAAACUUGAACAGCACACCACUGUUGUCACACCAGUGCAGUUAUCAUUCAGUGACCUUCACUGGAUUAUUUUUGUAUGUAUGAUACUGUAAAUAGUAGUGCCUCUCCACACAAGUGGAGAUUAUUCCAUCAUUUGACUAAUCAGUGGCGUGUGAAUUUACUAACACUUUGAUUUCAUUUGCAUUUCAACUUCCUGAUGUUGAGACACACAACAUAAUUAUUAGAACACAAUGCACAUGUUUAGGAAUGUGUUUACUUUUUUUUAUGGUAAGUGGUAAGUUAUAUUUUUUCUCUGGAUGUUGGAGGUCGUCACAUUUCUCUCAUGUACUGUUAACCCUUCGCAAACAACAGAAUUUUAAUGUUACACAACAGUAUGACAUGUUUUAUUGGUUGCUUUUCAGGCUAAAUAAACUUCACAACAUUUAUGUGUGUGUUGGGUUUUAAAUGAACCAGAAUACUUUGUGUCUUCAUUAAGAUAGUUCAAACUGAAUAACACAGUAGUCCUGUAAAAACGGCGAUACAUAGUUCUUUUUUUUUUUUUUUUUA